CUCCUCAUCCUAGAUGGCCAUAAUAGCCAUACAUCACCGGAGUUCAUAGCUUCUUGCUACUUGAAUAACGUUUUCCUUUGCUUUCUCCCCGCACACACCUCCCACAGCCUCCAGCCACUAGAUAACGGCAUAUUUGCUGUACUGAAAGCAGCCUAUCGGAAAGAACUUCAAAAGUUGCAAGAUCUCACAGACUCAGCCCCUGUUAACAAGAUCAACUUUCUACGGUGUCUCAUCACAGCCAGGGCAGCAAUCACUCCUAAAGUAGUAAAAGGAGGAUGGAGACAUAGUGGCAACUAUCCAAUUAAUCGCCAUAAAGCCCUAUCUCAUGAGGAAAUCCAG